AUCCAUCCAUUCUCUCUCAAAAGCCGUUCCAGCUUGAGGGCACCUCCAAAGGCCAAAAUACAAAACAACCACCCCACCGAAUAUCCUCUUUGAUCCCUUUCUUCAUUUCCUUUUCUAUUUAUUUAUUAUAUAAACUACAAACUCUCACACACACCCCCUCUAAAUACUUCCCUUACCCCCCCCUCUCUCUCUCUCUUAAAACAAACGAACAAACAAAUAUGCAAGUGGCGGCAGAACUCCAACGCGCCCAUCACCACCACCAAAGGCACAAACAAGACACUCCCAUGUGCCGCCAAAUCCAGCUCACUAUCUCCGAUCACACCACCGCCGGAGACGACGACGGCGAGGAUCUCUUCAUUCCGCCCCUCAACUUCGCCAUGGUUGAUAAUGGCAUUUUCCGCUCCGGCUUCCCCGAACCCGCCAACUUCUCCUUCCUCCAAACCCUCGGCCUCCGUUCCAUCAUAUAUCUGUGUCCUGAGCCGUAUCCGGAGGCCAAUAUGGAGUUCCUCAAGUCAAAUGGGAUCAAGCUUUUUCAGUUUGGGAUUGAGGGUCAUAAGGAGCCUUUUGUGAACAUCCCAGAGGACACAAUCCGUGAAGCACUAAAAGUUGUUCUUGAUGUCAGGAACCACCCAGUUAUAAUUCACUGUAAGCGUGGAAAGCACCGAACGGGUUGCUUAGUAGGAUGCUAUAGAAAAUUGCAAAAAUGGUGCUUGUCAUCUGUCUUUGAUGAAUACCAACGCUUUGCAGCUGCCAAAGCAAGAGUUUCAGAUCAGAGGUUUGUAGAGUUGUUUGAUAUUUCCAGCCUGAAACAUUUUCCUAUACCCUUUUCAUGUUUGAAGAGGUGACAUAUAUACCAAGCUAUUCUGAGUUGGGUUUACUUUCUUUAGUUUGUGAAAGUGAAGCCCAGGUUCUGCCUUUGAAUAAAAUAGGAAAAGGUGAUGAACUCCUUCAAUGCAUUGCAGCGGCAAAAGGAAUAAUUCUUCUUCUCCCAUUCUUAAAAUAAGAUAAGAAAAAUUCUAGGAAAAGUAGAGCAUUACCUGUAUUUGUAUGUGUUAUAAUUUAGCCCUAUAUUUACCUUCUAUCCCUACUUGGCCCUUAGUGUAUCUCACCACCUUUUGUUCUAUUUUCUUUCUCUUUGUUUUUAUGUUUUUCUUUGCUGCUCUCCCAUUCAUCAACAAUGAGUGUAGAUAUGUCUUGAUUUUUUCUCGAGGCUCAGAGAAAUUCAAGAAGGCUAGAAAAUGCCUUGUUUGUCUACCCAAAAUCUUGGUGGGUAGUAAAGCAGAGAAACUUAUAAAAUUUUAUUUUUUCUUGAUUGAUA